UCGUCGCGAACGGUCGCAUUUCCGGUUUGGACUCCGGCGGGUAGUGAAUUCGGUGUUAAGUUUCUGGCAGGUGUAAGAGCAAAUAGGAUAUUCCGGGAGAUUGUGAGAUAGCGGUCGGAGAAGAUGCUAUAGUAGCUUCGCAUUGUCAUAGAAGAUUCUUUCGGUAUAUCUGACGGUUCUGCUUUUCGAGCGUUUGGUUGGUGGUGUGCGUGCGAGGAUCGGUAUUAGUUGUAAGAGAUUUUCCUGGAGAGAUUUGCUCACAGCAUCACCGUCAUCGUAGUCAUCAUCAUCAUUGCAAAUAGCAGCAGUGUCAUCAUCGGGCAAACAUCAUCCUUCAGCGUGUCGUCGAUGGGCAGAGGACUGUGAGAGGACUCGCCUCGAUGCGGACGGUCGCAGAGAAAUUCGCGAGUGAAAAUGGAGAAGAAAAACAUUAAUUAUUAACUAGGUGAUUGAAAUUUUAGACCUACCAUUAUUGAGAGUUUUAUUUGAGUUCAAGUGUCCUAUUGUUUCGUUGGUGUGAAUAAAGAAAAAUCCUGUUUGAUUGUCGUGUGAUGGCGGCCUUGAAAGAUUUGCUGUCUAAUCGAUACGAGGUGGUGACCUCAGAACUGGUCUUGACCAGAAUGAAGGAUUACUAGGCAAAUAUAGCAAUUAGUUUGGUGUUCGCUAAAAGAUGGAUUACGUGUCCGUGUUUGAGGAAAGUAUCUGCAGGAUCAUCUUGAUACGAUAGGAAAAGCAUUCAGUUGGAAAAUUAUUCCAUCCCUGCAAGCAGCAAUGAUACAUCACUAACCCAGAUCCUUGGUCAAGGGGCUGCUACGAAUACAUUAAAGUAAGGUGAUAAAAAUUGUGAAACGAGUGUGAGAGCAAAGGCAAAGCAAGAGCAAGAGUGAGUACCAGGCGAAAAUCGAAACACGAUGACAGUGAAAUGUGAAGUUUGUAAAUAACAAUAGUGUGUCAGCAGCGUGGAAAGCAUUGUCCCUUGUGCCAGAGAAUCAAAAGCAGAGAAAAAAUCAAUUCUUGUGCAUAAAUAGUAUUUCUACGGAUCUGAAGUGGAGCCAGGAGGUUUUGAGACGCGCAGCAACUGUCACAAUAAAAGCCACAACAGAAUCACGAUAAUUGUCCCUCAACGAUGUGCUCGCAAAAUGCCCUGCAAGAAAACAGUAAAAAUGCAAUCUGUCUCCAGUGAUUGACGAGAUUGUUCAAAUAAAAAAAAGAGAGAGUGUGCCCGAGAGAGAGAAAGACGGGAAACUCAAUUUUCCCCUAGUAAUAAAAAAGAAGCAAGAAAGCAAUGGAAAAGUGCGCGUGCUUUUGUGUGCCGAUCUUUUCGCUAAUGGUGCAAACUGUAGGCGGCUCCGUGUAGACCCCGAAGGCUGAAAGUAAAAGAGAGAGAGUCACGUUGUUUGGUCUGCCUUGACAGUUCAGUGCCACGUUGAGUAGAAAACGAGCCGAGGAUGGUAAUCGUUUAAGUGGAUUUAUUAUGAUUUAAGUAGAGGAUUAUCAAAGUGAAACGAUACAAAAGAUGAAUAUGAAAGCAAUACACUACUCCCUGGUGGCAGCACUAGCGCUCAAGCUGGCCAGCCUCUGCUAUGGUUGUAAGAUUUCAGAAUAUCCCUGCAAGGGUGGUGCGUUUUGUGUGCCCUUGGACAAAUUCUGUGACGGACGGGAUGAUUGCGGUGAUGGCAGUGACGAACCGAAAAUGUGUACCGUUUGCAACCGUACGUACUACGGGGACAUUGGGCGAACGUAUUCAUUAACGGUGCCCCCGCCACAGUGGAAUCGGCUACCGUUCCUGUGCCAUUUGACCUUCACCGCGUCCGGGAACGAGCAGGGCGACAUCGUGCAGAUCAUUUUCGACAAAUUCACCGUGGGCCGUUUCGACGAGGGCCUCAUCGAUCCGGACAUGGACUCGGGUGAUGCCAGUCUAACCAGCGGAGGAGAUUUGCCCGGCUGUCCCGAAGGAUUUAUGCAGCUCAGCGAACUGGGUCGGCCCUUCACCGGCGGUUCCUGGUGUGGCAAAGCAUCCGGACAUCAGCUCUACUUCAGCGAAACGGCUACGGUGACAGCAUCUGUCAAGGUUUUCCAUGCACCGAUGCAGGCCGGAACGCCGUUCGAGUUCCGCAUCCGGUACAAAUUCAUCAGUCAAUCAGAUGCCAUUGUCAGGUACGGGGCACCGAAUGAACUGCUGGAACUGGGCCGAGUCACACCUGGAACCUACUGCACCCGGCAGUACGACGAGUGCUACCGGAAAAAGUGUCGAUUGCAGAGUCCAAACUAUCCGGGGAUGUAUCCGCGCAACGUGACCUGCUACUGGACCAUCCGGCAGAAGGUGGUGCCGACCUGUAAGCAUGCGAUGGUCGCCAUCAGCCAGGAGAAUGAACACAAAGCGUUGGUUAAAAGAUCUAUUGCCAGCCUGAACAAGACGUCUCGUGCGGUUCGGGCGUGGUCUGACUGCACCGGCGAACGUGACCACUUGAUCUUCUACGACGGGAGCAGUACGAACGACCCGGUGCUGGCCAAAUACUGCGGAGGCGACUGGCUGCCGAAGGUUGUUUCGAGGGGCCCCGAGAUGCUGAUUGCGUUCCACUCGAGUCCGUUUUCGGCACCGCUGCAGUCAGGCCAAUCGAACCGGGGCUUCGAGCUGGAUGUCGACAUCCUGUUUGCCGAUUCCGAUUCGUAUGAUUUCGCCCAGGGCAGCAAAUGCGAGUUCCACAUCAAUGCAUCCAAUCCAGAUGAGGUACUGUACUCUCGACGGGGUCGAAUGGGUCACAUGCUUAGCCCGCGACACACACUGCCACCGAACACAACCUGUACCUACUACUUUCACGGUGUUCCCACGGAUCUGGUUUGGAUUUCGUUCACCAACUACCAUCUGCAGAUUCUGCAAACGACCGGCAGCGGAAGCGGAGAGAAUGGCACCAUCGGAAAGAGCGAAUCUACCCUACCCUGGCUAACCCGAUUGCGGCUCUGGGACAGUGUCGGUACGUACGUUCCACUGCGAACGACAUCUCCUUCGUCGAUCAUCAGCACAUCAUCUGUGACUACACAGGUAGCGUCAUCCUCUUCAUCCGGCAGCUCGUCGUAUGGUUCCGGGAGUGUAACGCCGUCGGGUUUGACCGGUACCAGCACCACAGCGCUGUACCAGCAAAUGAUGAACCGUACCGUCGGUACCUACUACGGAACGGCCGGUCAGCAUGGUAAGAGCUUGAAAAUAAACAUCGACAACGUGUGGAAUCCGGUCGAUCAGUACAUCUACGGUCCGACGGUGAACAGCAUAUUUAAUCAACCGCAGCAGCAACCACACCAGCAGAGCGGUUUGGGAGGGGAAAAGGGAUUGGUAUUUGGAGUUGGAUUGCAGGAGAAGUUUUCAAAAUAUUCUUCCGGGAGUGGGAAGGGUUCCAGGGAGGGAUCCCGACACGGUAACAAUGAGGUGCUGAAAGAACAUGAAAGAAGUCGAAAGGAGAAAUCCCCCCGAAGCAAUCGACGGAUGGUGGCCGAGUUUUACGAUAACGAAUCGCCGAAGUUGUGUGAUCAUGUCUCGCUGGAGACCAAAAACGACCGGAUGCGACCGUGUACUCCGCUGGAAAGUUACGUCAGCACUGGAAGCGAUUUGAAAAUUGAAUUCCACACGAUGACCGGGACUUCACUGUUUCCGUCCAACUUCGGCAUCAAAUACGAGUUUGUCGAUACAGAAUUGGGUGGUGAGCCGUACCUCGGCCAGAAAGGGGAGGAAGUUCCUCUGCUGUGUUCGAGAGUAUUUCGCAAGAGAAAAGGAGACUUCCAGUCUCCUCGCAAUGUGUUCCUCCACGGUCGAGGUGGAGCGAAGAAUAUCUCAUGUUUGUAUCGAUUCGAAGCUGCCGUCGGGGAAAGGGUUCGCAUCGAACUCUACAAUGUUUCCUUCGGGGAGUCGGCAGCUUGCGUAACCGAAUCCGAUGGUCAUACGGGGCGGGCAAAAUGUGUCCCAUCGGAAGCCGACCCGGAUGGACGGGUUGGUGAGCUGCGUCUCUUCGACGUGCCCUACAAAGACGUAAAAGUUCCCCUAGGAUGCUUCUGUGAUAAUACCACCAGCUCGUACAACGCUCCGUUGACGUUCGUUUCGAACUCCCGCACGUUGGAAUUGACUUUUGUAGUGACCAGGUUGAACAUCUCGGAGGACUUUGCCGAUGUGUAUUUUCACGCAGCGUACGACUUCAUACGCGUACCCGAAUGCCGCAAGCGACUGAAGUUGCGCGGGUCUGGCGGAGAGGAUGAAGUGAGCUAUCCGCUGAGGUCGCACGAGGCAAGCUGCGAUGGUUUACCAUGGUUUAUCGAGGCCCAGCAGCAAGAUCGCAGCCUCUUUGUACGAACCUGGGGCAGUUUUCUGUCAUUGGAUCCAAUGGCACAGGAUGACUUCUCCAAGUGCAACACCAGAAAUCGGCUCCUGGUGUACAGCGGGAAGCCGCUGAAGGUGAUGCGGGUGAUCUGUCCGUCACCCCCGUCUAGCCGGUCCGCGGCGUUGCAUAUAUUCUCCGAGGAUUGGAUGAGCAGCCAGCCGUUUCUGAGUUCGGAUAGCAGACCGGUCAGUAUGGUGCUGGAACCGAUCCACAAAGAACCGGGAAGUAUCGCGUUCUCGUGGCUGGAGAUUCAACGUACCAAGGCUUCGCUAAUUCAGCAGCUGGAUCUGCAAACCAACUUCACUGCCAACGAUACCCUGGUCGAGUUUGGUCUCUACCCGCGGGAAACCGAAUGCGAGCAUCGCUGUCCGGAGCUGGAUGCCUGCAUCGGAAGUGUUCUGUGGUGUGACGGUCGUCCUAACUGUCCGUCCGGUUUCGACGAGAGCGAACAGGAGUGUGGCAGCCGGUUGAUGGAACUUCCCGGUGGGAUGUUUGCAGCAUUCGGUUGUCUAGCUGCGGCUCUGUCCGCCUGUCUCAUCUUCUGCGUCCUGGCGAUGGUGAGGAAGCGUCGAAAGUCCAACGAGAAGCUGAAAACGGCACCCACCUCCCUGAACGGUACUCUUUCCAAGAAGGAUUACAAAAAGGAGCCCCUAUUCUUCGAUCCGGACUCCUGACAUGGGCUGCAACCGGUCGAAUACAUCCACGUCGACCGGGAGACGACCGUGUGACAUGUUGUUUACGUCGACAUGGACGACCUGGCGUACUGCUAAACGCACCACAAUCGGAAUCCUCCUACACUGAUGAUUCCCGCCCGAUUAUUCGCCAAACAUACAACACUCACACAUACACUGAUACAGGUGGGUAACUCCGAUAGAGACAUUUAUGAAAAUGAUUAGCAUAACGUUAUUGGUAGAAAAGAAAAACAAAUGAAAUACAAACAUAGGGAAAACGGCGUAGCAAGGAAAUACUGCCCAUAGAAAUUCGCAAUUUGAUGACACUGGUAGCGAGACAGAUGAAAAUCUGAUAUCUUUCAACAAAACAAGUGGAACUUGAUAAACAAAGUAUUAUAGGGAGAUCUUUUUAAAACAUUUGUAAGAUUUUUAUUCUACAAAAAUCUUGUGAUUCGACCUUAGUUUUCUAUUACAGCUGUUUUUUUGUCUUAUUGGUCCAAGGGGCCACAAAUUGAUUCAAAGCAUCCCAAGCAACCACACACACGCGGUAGCCAGAAAUGCCGCGAAAAGUGGGGGCCUGGGAAAUGGUGCCGAUUUUGAGUCAACCGGUAGUUAAUCUGUGUAGCAAAAAGUCACUAUUUGAACUUAAGAGAAAAAAAUGCAUCCUAACGCAAAUACGGAAGAGGAAAACUAGCCAAAUAUUUUUCAAAAAAAAUAAAAAAAACGUUACUUAAUGAGACAAGGAGAAACUAAACUAGCGGAUAAAACACUAAACUUCUAUCGUAAGCUGUUACUGAUACUCAUACAGAAUGAAAAGAGAUGCAACUAAGCGGUAAGGUAAAUUAAUAGCGCAGUGAAGAGCACUUGUUUCGGUUUUCUGUUUCCCGAAUGUUACCAAAGCUCUUGGUUCGUGUUACCUGUAGAUUGGUGGGCGGGGGUCGGUUCGGGAUGGGUAAUGGUCCAUCUGAUCUGAUUCCAUGUUGAAAAAACCUUCCACAGAAUCGAAAUUCUUAUUAUUAUUUGGGGAAUUCCUUCUCUUUUAAAGUUUAGUUAACUGGUUAACUCAUUGUUGCUUUUGAUUUUGCAUAAUCAGUUUACAGUGAUUAUGAAUGCUUAUUAAUAUUUCAAUUUCUUACAUCUCCCGUAAUUGCUGUCUUUGCACUUUGCGUUGGGCUUUGGGACCGUGUAUAUGUAUGAACUAGCCUGAAAAAGACCUAUUCUAAAGAGCUGACAUAGCAAUAUUCAGCAGUUACGGAUAUUACGAAAGUGCGCACAAAUACUGAGCAUUGUGAUAGUCUGUCUAAAGCAAGCAAAUGAUAUUACCGACGACAAGUAUUUCAUGAAGGUCAACGGAAUCUACAUUCCCGCCUACAAGGUAGAGAUCGACGGCGGGAUCACCGACAAGGUUUAAAUGCUAUUCAAAAGCCGCUUUUGGCAAAGUCUACCGCUACAUUAUUGCACUGUCAUGAACAUUAUUUUUCACUGAUGUCGCGCAUUAAAAAUGCUGUUUACUAACAAGGAGCUAGUAAAUAUUUUUUUAAAUGCUGAUCAACAACAGUUAACUAUGCAAAACACUGAAGAGAGCUACACCAUUCACCUAGACAAAAUAUUAUGAUCACUUGGCUCAAAAAGAGUAUGACUCUGACAUCCUCUUGCUACUGCAUCUAAAAACUAUAGGCAGAUGAGAUUCCUUGAAAAAGAUAAUAUCAAAUAUAACAGCUCGAAGAAGCCCUGAUACAAAGUCUAAGAAAACCGCCUAUCCCGAGCAAAUGAGAAGCUCAUAAUACCUCCAUGCUCAUGGUCCAAAUUAACCUCCAUUAUAUGGUAUUUUGAUAGUGUUUAUAAUGGAAUCAACCCAUGAAAACACCAUUGUCAUGGUCUGGUAGAUCCCAUCUAUAAACCAUAUUUUUGUGUAUCCUUGAGUUAUUCAGACCAUUUUAGAGUAUUUUGAUGGUUGUAAAAUUUGUAACGGAACAUGUUCAUGGUCUUUUUAAGGGGUUGAAUGCUGUUUGUGUCCAUGAGAAUUUUCUCAGGAUGAUAAUAAUAAUUAUAGAACAAACGAGGGGUUUCUAACACUUCCAGGAACACCAAAAGUGGCUCAACGUUUCAACCAGAGAUUCAGCUUAGCUCAGGCCGGGGUUGUCUUAGGUUGGGAACUGGCCUCUUUUCGUUAUUGUUCCCGGAGUUGUCUUCCCGCUUUAUAUUUCGAUUAUAGAAGUUUCAAAUUUAGGGUCUUUUGCAUUUUUUUCGGGUUAAAUAAUCUCUGUAGAAGUUAUAGCCAAUUCGAAUUGAAUUAGUUAUAGAUUUGGCGUUUUGACUUCGUCUCACCAGAAUCCAACACUAACUUAAUGGCAGGAUUAAGCUAGCGUAGGAUUGACACUAGGCCCAAAAAACUAGAACGCCAUUUUGUUUCUGAGCAAACCCUAGUCCUGCGUAAUCUUAAAUAAGUUAAGGAGCAGUAUAGCACAGUGCAAUCCGAAUUUUUAAACUGCAAAAAAGCCUCUUCCACUACUCUGUGAUCGAUUCCGGUAAUGUAAGUGUCGUCCUAGAAGCCAAGAAGCAUGUGAGAUCACGGGAUGAUAGUUCCGUUACUUGAACACCGGAUUUUCGUAUCGCAAUUUCGACUACUGUGAUGAACAACAAAUUAGAAUGUACUUUGUUCUGCUCUGAUCUAUCUAGCGUCACAAAUGAGUCGAUUGUGUUUCCGGCUACAGUGAACAAAUAUACAAAAUUGUCACUUAACUUUUUGAUUCUGUGUACGCAAUUUUUCAGUGCGCGCGGAGAUCUUUUUCUCUGUACUGAAGUAUGUUCGCUGUUGUCAAAUAAUGCCUAGGAUACUUCAGUUUUGUUUCUUCAGCGUUUUCAUUAGGGUUGUGGUACCGAUAGUAGCGGCACCGGAAGUCCCAGGAAUUGGUGGUACCGAAAUACCGAAUAAACAUUCCGGUGCUAUGCAGCGCUUUUAAUAAGGAGUAUAACUAACCUAACCUUUCAGCACAUAAAGAGGCCUGUUUUAAAUCGGCUAGCAUAAUGUCAUUAGAAGUUUAACGAAUAUAGCUUCUGUUUCAGUUGCAAAUAAUUUGACUAAAUGUUGAAAAUAAUUGCGACGAUCUUGUAUAAAAUUUGUGUAUGUACAACUACUACGAAAAAUAGAAAAAUUGUUUUGGAAUUUCUCAUAAGCGGCGUUCGGAUUAGUUUGAUUAACUGUACACCUAUAUAAUAAAUUUAUGACCUGAGUCACGCGUGUCUUAAUUUUACUGAUAAAUAUAAUAUUAUAAAAGAAUGAACGCCGACUUAAUACUUAACUUUGAUCCGAACAGGGCACGUAGGGAUCUGAUCGAAGCUUGUGAUAAGCGUUGUUUGAUUAUUAGUGAUUUCAAUUCGUAGUGAGGUAAGAAAGAAUAUGUUUGCUCUUUUCCACUCUCAAACCACGAAGGUUGUUGAAAAAACAUGUGAAAACGUUUCUUCAAAUAUAAUAAUAAUUGAUUAUAGAUUUCACUUCUCUCUAUUUCGCCAUGAUUGCUUUAACAAACUAUAAGUUAGCACACGAUUCAAAAUCAUAUAGACGUAUCUUGAUGUCAACAUCAUCCAUAUAUAAAAGAAUCUUGGCUCAAACGUUGUAUUCGAUGCCGUGUUGAAUGUUGUUUUUCACAAUGAAGCUUCAUGUCACGGCUAACUUCCGAGCGUUAUACCAGCCCCAUUGCGCCCUUGAUAUAGCCACUAUAGCUUAUCGAGCUCCGUUUUCCAUCUUUGGCAAAUGUUCCGCUCAGCAUAAUGUUGGUUUAAUGCGAAUUUGCUUAACCCUUCGAGAGUAGCGCAAAUGGCUCACUGAACAGGCACCCGUUGGUGCCCUAAGACAAAUUCGCUAGAUUAUCAGAGCAGCGUGCACUCAGUGCACUAGCACGACUGCUGGAAGGUUAAAGACAACUGCGAUGGCAAUUAUUCUGGUAGAGAUACUUUUCACUUCGGAGAAUUUCACUGCUUAGUCGACGGAACGAUACAAUACUGUUUGUGCAGUGAAUACGAAACAAAGCAGUAGGAAUUGAUUACUUGCUUUAUUGCUAGCUAUAACAGAGCAAUUGUUUGCUACUGCUCUGAGCGAGAUGAGAAGGUAUACUGAGGCAUAUAAAAGCUUACAAAUAAAAGCAUAUUUUUGAAAGUUUUCUUCCUUCGUAAGAUAUUUUUCCGCGAUUUUAGACAAAAAUAUUUCAGUAUCGGUACUUUAUCGGUACUAUCAGUACUAGGAACCCUAGUUUUCAUCAAUUUCUUCGAUAGUGUUUUGUUGCUUACUGUCGGUUGCUGAAUUUCGAUGUUCUUACUUGUCCUUAGUUACGGUUGAGAAUCUCUGCGUGUUAUAUUAGUUUAUAAUAACGGGGCCAAGGAUGCCAAAUUCCUACCUUUUCUACGGCUGUAAUAUUUUUACCUACCUUCUCCUUUCUUCUACGACGCUGCUGUCGUUCGCUAAUGCAGAACGCCCAGCGCUGUAUGGCAGCCUGUGUGCAAAGCAGUAACAUGAUAAAGAAAUACUGCCCGUAGUACAGCCACCACACGCGAGCGGUACAGUUUCUCUUUGCUUAUAUUACACUUUUUAAUAUUUUUAAUAUAUUUAAUAUUUUUAACCACAAAGAACGACAAUGAAUGCGGUUUAUUUACGCCACGACCGACAUAAACACCUUCGUGUGCGGUCCACUCUCUUUGAAUAGGCAGAGACGAGUGUACAAAGCGAGAGGCCAAACUUUACUACGCCACACUCUCACAGUCGAGCAGUCGGAGUACAGUAGCAAAACAAAAAUGUAUUUUACUGACUACCGUUCUGGCAGCAGCAGCAGUGAUGUGUCGCUGUAGCGGGCUGUUCGGCUUAUGCAAAUGUAAAUGUACCGUAAAAUAUAUAGUUUACCGAUACCGUUCGCAUCCCUGAACAGGGCACUGUCAUGGUUUGAUGAAUGUACGGUACUGGUUGUACAGUUGUUGCCGAUUGGUCAGAAUGUUUAGCUGAAGCUGUUGGAGUCUAUGUUUUAAUAUGAUUUGCGGUAGAUACAUUUCUCGUAGUAGAUUCAGCGCAGGGCUUUUAGCAGUGUGCGUUUGUUUACAGAAUUGACACGUAACUAUCCGAUUCUAAUGAGUGUACAAAAUAGUCUGAGCAUGCAGAGCGCUAUGAGUCAGUGUCACAAAAAAUCUGAAACCGUGCAAUUUUAAUAUUAUUGAUUUGUGAAAGACAACUGGAAGUCGAAAAAAAGAUGUUUCUUCGAAAUGACAGACAAAAAUUUACGAUGGCGGCUUUUUCAUAACAAUGUGAGUAUUUUUGUUAGGGGAAGGCGAACAAGAAAUCUAAAAGCUUCAAUUUUUUUUAUGACAAUGUAUAAUUGGAAACCAUUUAUUAGGUGUAUUUUAGCUAUGAGGAAGCUGUCUAGAGGAUUCCAAAAUAUAUUUUGAGGAAACAAUACAUGAUGAUUUAUCGUAAAGUAUUUUUUAUGGACAAGUUUCCCAAAAGUAAAAAAUAGACUCCGGACUAGUAACUCAGUCCGGCUAGAAAUAUAAUUGAGUCGAGCUAUUAAAACUAGAGAAACACAUUCUUUUUUUGUAAGGGGGCGUAUGCUUGAGGCCUAAUUCUGUCUAAUCGGAGUAGCGGUAACCGUAUCAUGGACAGGGGAGAUAGGACGGACUACACGACGACAAAAGAACAAAACAGAAGCAUCUGACUGUGAAGACAUGAUGAACCGGGUCUACGGAUGGUUUACUUCGAAUCCAUAGGGGAGUAUUCGCUCUCACUUCCAAUUGAGUUGUUGCAGAUACAAUGAUGAGAAUGAAGACGGUCACGUUGUAGCGCUCUGGUGUGGGUCGGCUCCUCAAAACCAAUACAGUGCCCUACUAAUAACGUGAAAGGGGGGCUAAAUUUAGAAUGUUAAUCGUUUAGGAAAAUGGUAGAUGAGGGACAUAUAGGGGAGAUUGCGACUUGCCUGGGUAUCCCGAACUGAAACAUUGGGUGGUCAACAUUGGGCCCAACGCGAAUCCUUUAACUGAUGCCUGCGAGUAACAAUACCGGACGCGUACCCAAACAAUGUGCUCGAUGUCGUGAUAGCCCUCGCAACAAGUGCAAAGACUCUGCAAGCCCAAUAAGCCGGAACAUUAAACGAAUGAGAUCCCGACUCACAUCCACCUCCUGAAUCAAGGCUUCGUGUAUGCCUUUGGAAUAUUAGAAUGUACACCCAAAACCUAGGCCGUAAUACAUUUACGGUAAUAAGAAAAAAAUGAUCUAAUAGAAAGACGGUUAUUACUAAAACGGUCGCAACCAAAAUUUUCCUAAACGGCAAUAUCAAUACAUUCAAAUCUUCUCUGUGUUCCACUCAUAUUUCAUUAAAUCUUACACAUAUUGACGCGUCGGAUUGUCUAGAAGUGUGUAGUAUUUCCUGUCAGUGUAUUGCGCAUCAAGCAAAGCGAACACAAUGUGGAUAAAGACGGACUUCGAUUUUCUCUACACGACACAUUUCGUAUUUGAAGGUCGGCCAGCUUCAAAGUACAGUCAGAAAAAACGAUUCGAAAGAGUGGUGUGAUAUUUCGGUCGAAGUUAAAUUGAAAUUUCUUUUCGAUCCCGGACGUCAACAGCAAGGUAGCGACUGCACAAAAUAUGAACAGUCCUUCCCAUUAUGUACGUGAAGCAAGACCUACGGCUUGGAUCCACCCAUUCGAACCGAAGGGUUACGGUCUAAACACUUGUCUGGAUCUAAGCACCAAGUCUGGGCCUGGUUCAGGUGCGGACCUGUUAAGAGGAAAAGAGGUUGUGCUAGAACCGGAAACUGGUCCUGAUCCGGAAUCUCAAACUGGUCGAGAUCUGGGAACUGGUCCUGAUCUAGACUGCACUAGUUCGGAUCCACGGACUGGUCCCUUGGUCUGUUUAGGACUCGGGCUCUGGGUCUGGGCCUGGAUCAGAAUCGAUUCAAUGGUAUCGUUUAAAAAAAAAUCUAUUACAACCUACCAAGUAAAAAAAUCCGUAAUUCCGGCUGGUUCCUGCCAAUAUUGGAGUUCCUGCCAAGAUUUCAGUCGCUGAAAAAGUGUUUGGUUGUGUGAAUUUACUUUUGCGAUAGUAUGGUUGGGAUAUCGCAAUGUCCAAUUGCGUGGUCUGUUACCAAAAAGACAAUAGAAUCUUAUCCGAAAGUAACAGAAGCGUACCCGUCGGAUUUUAGGUGUAGCCAUCGCGCAAGCUCCUCAUUGUACCACUAUGAUUGCCAGCUGUCGAGCGUCCUCGGAUGAGAAAUACUGAACUGCAGCAGAGUAAUCUUUCGUAGAUGUCAUCUUCUAUUACGCUUUACCUUAGCUAAAUAAUCCACCUCUUUAUUACUAGGGAUGGAGCAUUUAGAAGAGAUCUAAACUAACGUAAUCUGGGAUGAUUUUUCAGAUAAAGCGCGCAGGCAAUGCAGCAUUUAUCUUAGAAAAUACAGGGAGUGCUUUCAAGGCUUCAUCGAACCGGGAGUUAACAGGUCUUCGCACUUCAAUUUCGGUUCAGAGAUCACACCAUCAAUCCCCACUGCCAUUGCUGGUACACAGAUGGAAACAUCCCGUCUAAGGCGAACUUUUUUUUACCCGAACACGUGUGUUCUGACCAAUAUAUUCAACAUGAAUUAAGUGGGAAUUUUUUAUAUAGGGAGUAAUGCUAUAGUCAGGGGCUUCCAUGUUGAUUUUAGGUAUGUUUUCGCCCUCGGCCAUUUAAAGUCGACGGUAGAGCGUUGUGCAAACGGGAAUGUAUUUCAACUUGGAAAGGAAGUUGUGCAAGAAAAAAGAAACAAAACAGAAGUGUUACUUAUCUUUCCUAAUGGCAAUUAUUCUGCUCCAACGAGAACGGCAGCACACAAAACGAACAAAGGUCAUUCAUAAACUGAAUCUAAUAUACCGAACACCACAGUAAAAGCGAAACGAUCUGCUCGUCGUUUGAGUUGCAACGGUUAAGAUAUCCAAAAACGCCACAAAAAAUCACUAUGGGUUUUGUUCUGGCUAUUAUAAUGCGACAACUUCAACAACAAUAGCUAGAACAAAAUUCUUAGUGAAUAUUUUUUGUGACGUGUAUCGUGUUGCCUCCUCUGCGGACAGCUUUAAAGUCAAAGCAAGCUCAUCAAUCCAUUGGAAAUAAUCAUCUCUAUCAUUUGUACGUACAUCUAGCUACAGGAAGAAACGGUUUGUAGUGGGGAUCGGCUUCGAAAAUCCCUGUUUUGUUUACGAAUGCAAGAUCGAAGAUCCUUCCGUUCACAUUCGUAAGUGAGCAGAUCUGGUAAAAACCUCUUGCAGCCAUAGAUUCAGUUACAGAUUCUUCUUGUUCCUGAUGACUGAUUGCUGGUUUACAGUUAAUUACGUAUAUUACAUAGUUGGAUGACGCUUAGGUUGUUUAAUAUGAGAUGAGUGUAUGUUUGAUUUCCAUCAAGAAUGAGACCAAGAUCCUUCAGAUCAAUGCAUCACUAGCAAUGUUGUAGUUGAAAGUAAACAUGCUCCUCGUACGAUGGUAGCUGAUAACGAAACAUUUCGCCACACUAAGUACCAUCAAGUGUCAUCCACUACACUUGUAAAAGGUAUCAAUGUGAUACUGUGGCUCACUGAUAUCGGGUUCUUUCCUUGCAACAAGAAAUAUUUCCAAGUUAUUGAUGAAGAACAGCUUCGCUCCAUGCAUUAAAACGAAUAUCAUGUUAUUCACGAACAGUGAAAAUUACCAACGGAUUAAGAUACAGCAAAUCACGACUUCACGGUGUAUAUGGAAGGACCGAAGUCAAUGGCAAAAUCCACCAGUGUAUCCAAGUUUAUCAAACUUAGUUAACAAUUGUGUAAGGUAAAUAGCGAAAAGAGCAGCCUUAAAAUCUGUGUGGAUCGAGUCCACCUGAAGUUUGUUGGACGUCUUUUCUGCGCACUGCUUUGGAGCAUUCAAAGACUAUUGUAGUGCCUUAAAACAGGCGUCCGGACGAUGGCAGCCCUCUGUAUCCAUAAUGAAUAUUCUACUUCACGAAUAGCAGGACAUCUUACAACACCUAAAAUCUACUGCUAGCGUUUCAUCAACUCUCUAUGUCUACUUUUUCAACGAGUUAAUUCUGCUUCGCAUUUAAAGAAAAAAUCCGUUGCAUCUUGUUUACAAAAUGCGUCGUUAUCUACAAUGAUUGUAACAGAAAAGUUUCAGAUUGAUUCUAUGUUUGGAAGUUAGACAAUGAGCCGUCGGAUAGCUCUACCAGAUAAAGGAUUUUUUCACUGAAAGGUGAUUGGGACUCUAAUUUUCUUCCAUCCUAUAACUGAGAAUUCAUCGUUAGUUUCUUCAGAUUAUGUAAGAUUGAAUAAAAAUUUUAUCAAUUCCUUAUCGAAACAUAUCCGAUAUGUUUAUGAAAACAAACCAUUACCAGAAAUUUUCCCCAACGCAUUUCUCUCAACUCUUUACAUUUUGCAUUAAGGGAGGGAAAAAUGGAUAAUUUUUAGAAAAAAAUUGUUUUAAGAAAAGUAUAAAACUUGACUUGACACUUGACAAUUUGUGUACUAAAGUGGAAUGUUUUGUAGUAGAUAAAAAUUAUCAUAUAAUUAUUUUGGGUGGUCAUUUAAAAAUUAAUAUUUAUGGGUAAAAAUCCUCUUUGAAAUGGGUAUUUAAAUUUAUUAUAUUUUAUCUUACCCGUUACUGAAACCCCUUCGCAAACCGACACCCGCCGCAUCGCUAAUCCUGCCUGUAAAUAGUCUGUUGUAAAAGAAUUGUACAUACUUUAGCAAGCUAGUAAAUGAAACGGGACUGCUGAUAUCGUCCAUGAUGAAAAAAAAUGUCCUUUUGCAUACUUCAGUUCUCUAGCCUUCACGUCGUCAGUAAGAAAUUAAAAGAGAAAAAAAAACAAAAACCUACACACAAACACAUUUUCAGACACACCGGCUCUAGGCGACCGAUCAAUGUUGUAACAAAAGUUCUCCGGAACGACAAAAAAAUAGAAGCAGAAACCAAAACUAGGACAGCAGUCGGACUGCAGCAAAAUGGAAGCAAAAAAAAAAUAGCGAUAAAAAUUCAUAGUACGAAAAAGGAGAAUAUUUUUCUAUUAGCACAUUUACCCAACAAGCAAAUACCCCUUACAUUAGAAAACUCCUGUAGCGACUCCGAGUGUGAAAGGCGGGACGCGAACCCUGCCCCGGGAUGAAUGGAAUGUUCGCGAGAAAUGCCCCGGAUCUUUCGGUCGUGCUCAGAGUGUGGAAAAAAGUGUGAAAUACUAAAAAAAAGACUUGAUGAAACGGUAGUAAGGAAAAAAAUUGCGCCGAUAUAGGUGCAGCUGCUGGCAGUCAGAAUCACCGUGAAUCGGGUAGGGAUUCGAAGUUCAAGCGGCAAACCAAACAGCACUCAAAAUGUUUCAAAAGAUGACAUUUGCAUACAUGUCGAAGAGGGAAUUCUCGCAUAGAUUGAGCCAUGUUGAGACUAGGAGCUAAAUACGUUCGAAUGCAAACCGAGCAAUGAUUACACUAAUAAAUACUUGAAAAUAAAAUAUAAAAAAAAAUACUGCACAGAAACUUUCCAGGCACAAAUACAGAAAAAAAGAUAAGUAAAAAGUGAAACAAAUGAAGUAAUUGCUACUAGGAUUAUGAGAAAGAAACACAUACACAAAACAUAAAUGAUCAAACCAUAGAAACUAGGCGACAAAAAACCGAGUACAGUGUAAACACAGAUUACCGAAGAUGAUAGGAUUCGCAUGCUCUGUAUGAUUUUCCGUUACCGGGUGGUUAGAAGCAACUCAAUCAUUAGUUAUCUACAAUUCAAAGAAUAGUUACUAAAAACCAAUUUAUUCAAUUGAUAAGACCUGAAAGAGUAAGGGUUAACCAUUGAUUCUACGACAAAUUCAAGUCUAUAAGAUGAACGAAAAUUUCGUACUCGAAACAAGGGAUACCUAGAAAAACUCAGAGCAUUUUUGGAUAGUUCAAAACAAUUUCAAAUGAAGUAAUAACAGUAAUCUUUCUAUGAGUUUUUCUAGGAUUAUUCUCUCCCGAUUCUUACUUAAAUGAUGUUUCGAUAUUUAAAUACACACAACAAACUGCUGCCAUUUGUUUGAACUGAAACGCCAACGGGGAAGGAGGCAAAAGAAAACGGCGAACUAUUUAGAAAGUGACCGUUCAAUUACUCUACCGUCUACUGUUGAUUCGUUGUAUAGGUUUAUUGAUUGAAACUGUAUUUUUUAGUACUUAAUUUAGCAACAAACACACGAACACUUACACAAACACUUAUACAGACGCACUGUAAUAGGUUGACAGGUGCCGAGAGUAAUAAAAGGUGAUUUCGUAUAAAAUGCUAA